AUGAGUCGCCUCUUUGUGGGCCUCGAGACGACGUUUGUCCAUGACCUGCCGGCGACGCUUGAUAAGGUCCAUGAAGACAAGAUGAAUGGCGUCGCAGCGCCGCUUUUCCACCCUCGGUUGAAACGCGACGACCAGGGACUCUCGGAGACCCGUGAGGGUCCGCAAACUCGCUCGGAUUUCGUGCUGGACUCUCGAGGCUGGACAGCUUCUGUAGUGGGUAUUCUCUCCAAGUGGAUGGACCUAGACGCGACGACCCAAAGCGUGCGGCUGAAUGCUGAAAAAGCUUUUAAGCAGGAAGUGGCUUGGGCCUCGCAUUUGUCGGUGUCCGCUGUGCUGCUGCCGACGCCGCGUCAUGCCUGCAAUUCGUCCAACUACGCGCGAGUGCUGAACCAGUCGCUCACACAGGCGCAGUAUCUCCAGUUUUGGGUACGUAUCCCACUAGUUGCGAGGCAGCAGUCACGUGCUAAAGCACCAGUGGAAUUUGACCCUGUGGCGGGGCUUUUUGCUCCUGCGAUCGCGGAAUUCGAGGAAGAUGAGCACGAGGUACUGAUUGAUCCUUGGGAAACAUGGGACUCGUUGCGUGCUCGCUGCGAGUACCAUCCGAAGCUGUUUGUGGCGCUGGAAAUUACAGCCGACCUGCCAAGUGCCGAGGUGGUUCAGCGCUGGAUCGGUGAACCUGUCAAGGCAGCGAUCAUUUCUACCAACAUCUUCCUGACAAAUCGCAAGGGAUACCCGGCGCUGUCCCAGCGACACCAAAAGCUCGUAGCGCAGCUUUUCCAGCACAAAGUCCAGUUCUACUUGGCCGGACGGCCUCGACACCGAGGGAAAAUGCUGCCGUAUGUGCAGUAUCUACAUUUUCUGUACAGCAAACUUCCGAGUCAGGACCGCAAGACGCAGUUUGAAGCGCCUUAUCUGGACUAUCUCCAGGCCCCGCUGCAGCCUCUCAUGGACAAUCUUGAAUCGCAGACAUAUGAGACUUUUGAGCAGGACGCGUUCAAGUACAACCAAUAUGAGAAGGCUAUCACGAAGGCACUAGAGCAGACGCCCGAGGACAAAGAGUCAGUUUUAAUUGUUGUGGGCGCAGGUCGCGGGCCCCUCAUACGCUGUGCUCUUCGUGCCGCCAGUGUCUCAAAUCGCAAGACACGAAUGUUCGCUGUGGAGAAAAAUGCGAAUGCAGUCAUUACUUUACGCAAUCUCAAGAUUUCGGAGAAAUGGGAUAACGUCACGAUUGUAGCAUCCGACAUGCGUAGCUGGCGCACAAAGGAGCGCGCGGAUAUCAUGGUCAGUGAGCUCCUUGGAUCCUUCGGUGACAACGAGCUGUCGCCUGAGUGCCUAGACGGUGCCCAGGACUUUUUGCACGAGAAUGGUAUCAGCAUCCCGUGUGAAUACACGUCAUACGUGGCGCCCGUGAUGUCUUCGAAACUUUGGAACGAGGUGAAGGUUCACGACUCGCUCAAGAGCUUCGAGACGCCUUACGUUGUACGGCUACACAACUUUUACGCACUGGCACCUACCCAGAGGUGUUUUCGGUUCACUCAUCCGAAGUUCAGCGCCCGGAUUGACAACAGGAGACAAGCUGAGCUUCGCUUUGUCGCGGCUGAGAGCGCUGUUGUCCAUGGCCUCGCGGGUUACUUUGAUGCUGUGCUUUACGACGAUGUGACGCUGAGUAUUGAGCCAGAUACGCAUUCAGACGGCAUGUUCAGCUGGUUUCCGAUUUACUUUCCCUUACGCCAGCCACUGCGUUUUCAGAAGGGUGAAGAGGUCGUGGUAGACUUUUGGAGACUGAAGUCCAACAGCUGUGUCUGGUACGAGUGGUCAGUGGCCCAUGGUUGCGGUAAGGGUCACAGUUCUAUCCACAAUCCAAACGGUCGAUCCUAUUGGAUUGGACUGUAG